CUAGUAAGUAGCAAAGAAAGGCUUCCAACCCAGAUAAUCGGGCUCCAAAAUCCCUCUUUUUAAGCACUCUGAAAAGGAGAAGUGGGAGGGUUCUAGCAUUAUUCAUCAGCUGCUUGCUGAUGUGCUGCAAUUUUAGGGGCGCAAGAAAAUCGGUGUCUUCUAGAAGGGGCAGACAUUAUUUCAUCAAGACAUGACAAGUGUGUUUUUCAAAACACACAGAAAACUGAACAUUAUGAGAUCAUGAGGAUAUGGGUCGCUGUCCUGGGCACGGUCCUGCAGAAUCUCUUCUCUCAUGGAGCUGAUAGUCUAGUGGAAGGAGAUGCACCACCAACAAGUAAAUACGGGGAAAGGGUCGUGGGUCAGACGGUGGGCAGCGCUGUGGAGAGCAGGUGGGACAGGGGCCUGUGGAGAGCAGGUGGGCCUGGGAACGUAGAGCAGUGUAGGAGAUGGACUGACUUUGAAAAAGGUGGUCAGCAAAGGCAUACCGGUGCAGUGACAUUUGUGCAAUGGCCUGGAAGAGGUGAGGAAGAUAAAUAUUUGAGGACUGAGUAAAUGAAUGCUCAAACCGAUUUAGCUAUCCCAGCGAGACCUACAAAUAAAUAAGUCAAAGAUUACUUAUUACUUAGACCUGGCUCGAACCACCUUCUCCCCAGCCAUCACCCUGGCUGACUUGUGCUGGACCAUUCCUACUCUUUCUCCCCUCUCACUUUUCUGCAGCCACUCCCAUUUCCAACAAAGGAUCUCCUGUGGGACAGAAGUGACCUCUGAUUGCUGCAGGAAGAGAACAGAGCCAACAUGAGGGAACAUGUGGCAUCCACGUUGAUUCCCAUUUUGCUACUUUUUCUCAACAUCGACCUUCUGCAAGGACAGUCACCUCCUGGAAAACCAGAGAUCACUAAAUGUCGCUCUACUGAAAAGGAAACGUUCUCAUGCUGGUGGAAACCUGGGCCAGAUGGAGGACUUCCUACCACCUACACGCUGAACUACCACAGGGAAGGAGACUCAGUCAUUUUUGAGUGUCCAGACUACAGAACCAGCGGCCCCAACUCCUGCUUCUUUAACAAGAGGUACACCUCCAUUUGGACAGUGUACAUCAUCACAGUCAAUGCCACAAACCAGAUGGGAAGCAGCAUCUCCAAUCCACAUUUUGUGGACGUGGCCUACGUAGUUGAACCAGAGCCUCCUGUGAACCUGACUUUGCAAAUAAAACAUCCAGAAGACCAAAAACCGUAUCUGUGGAUAAAAUGGUUUUCACCCAAACGGCCUGACAUAAGAUCUGGUUGGUUCACACUUCAGUACGAAAUUCGAUUAAAGCCUGAGAAAGCAUCUGAGUGGGAGGUUCAUUUUGCUGGGCAGCAAACACAGUUUAAGGUUUUCAGCUUAUAUCCAGGAGAGAAAUACCUCAUCCAGGUUCGCUGCAAGCCUGACCAUGGAUUCUGGAGUAAGUGGGGCCCAGAGAACUCUAUCCAGAUACCUGAUGAUUUCACCAGUACAGAUACCACCAUGUGGAUCUUCGUGGCUGUUCUGUCUGUUAUCGUCUGUUUGAUUGUGGUCUGGACAGUGGCUUUAAAGGGCUAUAGCAUGAUGACCUGCAUCUUUCCACCUGUUCCUGGACCAAAAAUAAAAGGAUUUGAUACUCAUCUGCUGGAGGGCAAGUCUGAAGAACUACUGAGUGCCCUGGGAUGCCAAGACUUCCCUUCUGACUGUGAGGACUUGCUGGUGGAGCUUUUGGAAGUCGUUGACAGUGAGAACCAGCAGCUGAUGCCAGCCAAUUCAAAAGAACACUCGGAUCAAGGUGUGAUGAAGCCCAAACACCUGGGUCCCAGCAGGGACUCUGGCCUGGGCAGCUGUGACAGCGUUUCACUUUUGUCUGAAAAGUGUAAGGAACCCCAGGAAAACCUAUCUACUCCCCACACUCCUGAGGGCAUCAAGAAACCAGAGAGCUCUGAAACAAACGGUACCUGCACCUGGGUCCCUCAGAACACGGGCUUGGAAAGCAAAAUCCCCUAUUCCUACGCCAGUGGACCCAGAUCUUCAACAUGGCCUUCAUCACAGCUGCCCAGCCAGCAGGAAGCCAUGGCUUCUUACCACAACAUUGCCGAUGUGUGUAAGCUGGCCAUGGGCACGCCGGGUGCGCUGGCCACUUGGCCGGACAAAUCAGAAAAUCAUGCUUUACAAUCCUUGGAAACCACUGAGCCUGGAGGGGAGGAAAAGGCGGCAGAGCAGAGGGCGACAGAAAGCUUUCAUUCUGAGACUGACCCAGACACCCCACUGCAGCCUGCCCCCUUUAUCUCCGUGAAACCCUUGGAUUACGUGGCGAUUCACAAGAUCAGCAAAGAUGGAGCAUUAUCAUUGCUCCCCAAAAAAGAGAACAGCAACCAGACAGAGAAGCUUGGUGAGCCUUCAACCAGUAGGGAGUACACUAAGGUGUCCAGCGUGAUAGAGAACAAAAUCCUGGUGUUAGUGCCGGAUCCACGUGCUCCAAACCUGCCUUCCUUUGAAGAGCCAGCCGAGGAACCUCUGCCAUCCUUGCAAGAGAAUCAAGGCGAGAAAGAUGUGGCCUCCUACACCAGGGCACCGAGCAGCUUCGGUCUCCAGCUGGCGGGGUCUGAGUACCUAGACCCCAUGUGCUUAAAGCACUCUUUUCAGUGACGGCUUAAUUAAUGGAAUGAUUGGUUAAAAAUGUGAUUUUUUUUCUUCAGGUAAUACUACAGCGUUCAUGCCAUGUCCUCUGCUAGAGAAGGUUCGAGAAUGGGGUGAGGAUGACACAGCUAAAGACCCCCGGUUCACUCCUUUCCAUGCUCCGCAUUCAACCAGUUGCCUCUUUCCCCAACAGCUGAUUCCAGAACAGAGCGUUUUGUUCCUGUGAUUUGUGGAUUUACUUUUUGCCAUUAGUUAUAAAAUUGCAUGUUCCACGGCAUAAAAACACAUUGCUUAGUAAUCUUGAGGGACAGUGCUAGCAGUUAUAGCCUCUGGGAAAGGCUUUGACGGUGUGGUACCUGAUGGGGCACUGGAAUAAUCCAACUAGUGUAGCACAGGAAGGUGAUAGACAAGGGCAUUGCCAUGAAAACCGCUUCUGGAAACCAACUGCUUAACCAUUGCCCACCUCUCUCAUUUGGUUAGUAGCAGCCAAACCCAGCACAUUUAUAGAAAGGAUGCAUUCCAGAACACCUCACAACACUGUUUACAUCACUUCCUAUUACCUUAGUGACAAAUUGCUGAUAUGCAAGUUAAAGUUAUGCCACUCUUUUUUUCUUAAUUGACUGAAUUUUUUAAGCACGCAUCACCCGCUUCCCAUGGUAUUUUAUUCUAAAGCCUCUGGAGAAUAUAGUUUUGGAGAGUGAAAUUUUCUUACACAAGAGGCAAGUGAGUGUGAUGCGGUGAAUCCUCCUAAAAUGUUUUCCUGCUUCAUUUCAGUACGAUAGAUCAUUUAUCAUAUACCCUAGUCUUCUCUUAGUGAAGAAAAAAAUCCCCCAAAACUAACUUUAAUUUAAAAGACAAUCAUAGCAGCAUGCUCAUGGAGAGACUGCCUUACUGUACAUAAAAAUCUACUUUAAUACAAACCCAGACAUUCGACAAUGUAUUUUUGAAGACUAUUUUUCUACCACUUAGGCAAAAUAAAAGAGUAUUUUCUAUCUUCCCAGCACAACUGUUUACGUAUUCAGUGAGCCCAGUAUUUUCUGCUAGGAGGCUGUAGUGGGGAUUUACAGCACAUAAUAGUGUACACAGUCCCUGUCUGUGGAGUAAAUGCCACAUCGACCAAACUCCACCGGGGAGUGUGAAGUGCAUGACAACAUUCAGUCUGCAAUACAGCAUAGUAUCAUUUUAUCUGAGUCUUUUAUCUCCAGGAUGCAUUAAACCACAAUCACCAAACUAGAGUUUUAGGGGCUCUCCAUAGACAGAAAUGAAUACUUCUUUUGGGACCUAGGGCUAAUCUAGGGUUUCUGCUCUUCUCUGGGCAAAUAUUCAUGAAGCCACUCUAAAAAGGAGAAGGGUGGCAUCUAACAUACAGUUUUAGAGAGAGGGGAUUGCUUUUGCUUUGUUUUUCUGAAAAGUCUUGGCAGCAAAGAUGUUUCAAGCAAAGUUAUGAGUUAGUGUCUCUCUGGAGUAGAUCCAUGUGCAGAAUCUUGGCAGAAGCAGAGCCACCACUCAUGUCAGAAGUGUCCAAAUACAAGUCUUAAGAAACAGCCUCUGUGGAGUGGUGGGAACAGCUACAAAAGCCAGGGUAUGGUAGUAAUAGUCCCGAGUCAGUUCCAAGGGCAGGAUCCCCCCAUCCCCACCCCAGAGGGGUCAAAAGCCUGGCUCUCCACUUCAAAGACAGCAUCCAUGACUCAUGACUGCCUCCCUCUAAUUUUUUUUAUUUCACCUGAUGCAAGUCCUUUCCUUAUGUCCAAACAGUGACAGUGCUUCCAGAAUUACAAAAGAAUGGGUCUGAGGCUUUAUUCUCCCAAUAUAUAAACAUCGUAAGAGUAAGGGAACAUUUGAAAAAGUUGUCCCAGUUCAUUCAAUCCCCUAGAUCCUGGCUACUCAAAGUCUGGUCUGAGGACCAGCUGCGUCAUCAUCACCUGGGUGCUGCAUGGAAAUGCAGAUUUUGAGCCUCCCAGCCCCAGACCUACAGACUGAGAAUCUGCCCUGAACUAGGUUCCUGGAUGACACCUUUGGGUAGUGAAGUUCAAGAAGGACUGCCCUAGACGAGCAUUUCCACUAAAGGUUAUUUUGGCGCAUGGUAAUACCUCUCUUGGAAAGUACAAGUCAAGUCUGUUUGACUUAACUGAACAACACUGUAUGUAAGGAAAAAGCAUAAUUUUUAAAAAUCUAAUUAGUCCUAACUGGUGUGGUUCAGUCAGUUGGGUGUCAUUCUGCAAAGCGAAACUUUACCAGUUCAAUUCCUAGUCAGGGCACAUGUCCUCUCUUUCUUCCUCCCUUCCCCUCUCUCUAAAAACAAAUAAAUUAAAAAUUUUUUAAUCUAUUAGUAGUUUAAGAUUCACAUAAUGGUAGAGAACGACCUUCAAAAGUACAUACAGCUUCCAAGAGAGAGAGAUAGGGGACAUAGUCCACCUUGAGCAGCCCUGACCCAAAACUCCGCCCUUCAAAGUCAAAUUUCUCCCAAAUAGUCCACCAUUCUCCAAGAUGUGUAGCAAUCACUCUGCUAGCUUGAAAAUUAAAAAAUAAUCUCAUUUUGGCAUACAUGAGCAAAAAAGUAUGGCCAAUGACUCAACUUGAACUAAAUCCCGAAAGAAAAAAUAACACCAACUAGCCAUUCAUUAAGCCAAGCCAAGCCAAGCCAUUUCUUGGUCAGUUAGCAUUCUAUAUUUGAAUUAAUUGUUUUUCAUGGGUAGAAUAUUUUUUAACCAAGGAAAUAUCUAGUCAAAUGGAAGGAUGCAGACUGAAGGUCAGGAGCCCCAGGUUCUAGUCCUAACUUUGUCCUCUAACACAGAACAAUUCCCUUCUCUGGGCCUCUGUCUCCUCUGAAGGAUAUAUUGGGCCAAAACAAUUUCUAACGUCCUUCUGAUCUCUAUAGCAUUGAUUCCAUGACUCACUGAAUACUUUCUAGCCAAGAUCAUUUAACCAAUGCCUUGUAUCUUACUUAAGCUAAUAAGUAAUUGCCUUUCAUCAUCGAAAUACAAGUACUCUUCUGUGAUGUGCUUUUUGUAUUUCCUUUUAAAUCACCAGCUCCAAUUGGUCCUAACAUAUUACACAUGCAUUUUAAAAUUAUGUAGGUACAGAAUCAUAGUCUAAGAUUAUAUACAAAUAUGUGUGUAGAGGGAAGAGGCAUGAGAUUUUUUUUUAAAAAAGACAUUAAGUGUGGUUCUAAUUUUUAGAAAAAUAGUCUUGUGCUGAAUCAAGCCAUGCUUAUUCCUUGCCCAGUCCAGCAGCCCCAAGUUUCUUUUCUUACAUCUGGAUGUUGAGUCUAUUCUUGUUCUUGUUUUUGUUUUGUUUUCUGCCUCUUGGAUUGCCAACCAACACUGGAUAGUUGGUUUCAAGAGCUUUAUGCUCUGAAUCACAAUAAGUCCUAUUUUUAUAAACAAACACCUAAGUACUCAUAUUACAAAGCACAUGGAAACAGGAUAGCCAAUGGGUGAUUUAUGGAAGCUUAUGACCCAAACUGCAGAAUGUCCUGAGGUCAUCUUUGAUGAAUGGGGAUUAGGCACCUCACCGUGAGCAUAUGUUCCUAUCAGCCUCAUCACUGACCUUUACCUUCUUUCUCCUAAGUGCCUAAGGCCAAUCCUGGUAGUCAGUUGUGGACGAGAAACUUGUUUCCACUGGUUUAGUCCACAGUGGGCAGUCCUUAGCACCUGUAAAUGAUGGGGGAGUUGAACUCCUUUUCCUGUAGGGGCCCAACGGAAUCAGAGAACACUAUCAGUUAACAAGCAGCUGGAGGCUGCAGAGGGGAUCCAGCUGCUUGCCACUGCCCUCACUGUCACAGAGAGGUGGCCCUGCCUUCAGUAACACUCCUGUCUCCUUAGAGUAGAUGAGAAAGAAAUGGAUUCGUAGGUGUUUUACAAAGUGCCUUUCUUUAUUUUUAUAAAUUUUUUAAAGUUUCCUUUUUACAAAGAAGUGGUGUAUUGAUUGGAAAGUAAAUUUUCUUUUUUUAAUGUCAAAGAAUGGAGAAGUCAGAAAGGGAAAGAUGCAAUGGUCUAAGGUCCAGCCAGCACCUGUUUGGCAGAUUUUUACAUUUAUUGUUUAACUGAAUUAUGACAGAGCUGAUGUGAAUAGUGUGAUUUACUUUGGUAAGAAAUUGACUCUUGCUGGGGUUUGGGGAUCAGCCUGCCACCCCCAGACCUCAAUUUACAAACAUAUGGACGCACACGUGAAUGCUUGGAAGUGUGUGCCUGGGCCAGAAGAGGACAGUGUACACACCACGGAACUUUGCACACAUGUGGAAAAUGUAAAUGACUCUGGAUUACUACCCCAGCAUGGGCUACUGUGGAUUUGCCUUGGAUGAAAGAAGCAUGUGUAUGUCAGUGAACAAAUUUCUUUUACUGCCUUUUCAGCUCAAGCACAGUUGUGUUCUUGCUCAGGUGGUGGGCUGAACAUUCGAUUUCCAGGUCUGGGUCCCACUGCUGCCACCGAACAGGCUGUGGGAUUCAAUGCGAGUCCUUUACACUCCCUAUUAAAUAAGUGGAUUGGCCUCCAAUGUUUCAAAGACCUCUCACAACCCUAACCAUCUUUGAUUUCAUGAUCUAAGUGAAAUCUAGGGUUUCUAGUCAAAGGCCCAACUACAGCCAGAAAAGUUUGUUGAUGUGCCCUUAACCUGAAGCAAUGAACGGUGUGGCUAUGGCGAAGCUUGACAGAAACACCGAGAUCCAUCCCUCCAAAUCAGGCUGAUUGGAUUUAACAUCCUUGCCUCUCCUCUUCUUAGCUGUCUUUACUGGCGGGCUCUUUAUUCCAUCACUCCAGGGCCUGUAUUUGUCCUAAGAGUGACUGAUGGCUGUACCAACAAUAGGAACUGAAAAAAUUAUUUCUAAACGGUGACUAUGGCUCUACAAUGGAGAAGACUGAGUCAUGGUAAAUCAGCCACAUGGACAUCCAAGCCCAGGCUGAGGGUCACGAGUUACCUAAUUUGGAGCUGUGCAUGCUUAGAGAUUCUAGCUCUAUUCAUGAAUUACUUAAUUAAUUCAAAGGCCAUUAACGGAUCCAAGCAACACUGAUAAAACUUAAAAAUACAGAAUGACUGCUUGCGAGUACGUGAUCUAACCAGGUGUUCCCUGUUGGAUAAAUUGAGCAGAAGCUCUCUUCCAGACUUGUGUCUUUCAGGAAGGUGAUUUGGGGUUUGAGACCCUCAUGGUAUCUCUUUCAAAGAAAGGAAAAAGAUAGAAAGGUAGAAAAUAGAAAGGACAUUUCCAGGAGGUUGGGCAUCUCGGAAUUCCAUAAAAUGCUAAGAGUAGCCUGCUGAACCCAAAUUUUAGGAGACCUGGUGAAUCUGCAAUUUAGUCAGUGUUCUAAGUCAUGGCUGAGAGAUCUACGUAACCCACAACAGCAUGUGCCCAGUCCUGUUCUGUCCACGUCAGUUCUUUUGCUUCAUGCUUGGAUUUUAAGUCAGGAAGAACUGAGACAUGUAAAAUGGAAAAACAUCUUUCAUUUACGUGGUUGUGGCCAAUGAAUAGAGAGAAUCUUGGAGAGUCUCAGUCUAUUAGUUAAUUUUUACCUACUUCUGAUUAGAAAGAAAAGGACAAUUAACUCCCAAACUUUGGCUACUGAAGUAGAAAUAUCCAAUAUAACCUUUAAUAGUGAUCAAAUUUGCUUCACCGGGAUAAACUUCAAAACACAGUCUGAACUUUCCCAUACAAAUCUCUCAAGUCCUGAGGGGGGGAAAAAUCUUUUUGUUUUCCUACCUGAAAUUGAAAAACUACAUGGCAGAGAUAACCUCUGACAAGUUAUUUGCUUUAUAAAAUUCCUCAUGAAAUGAUUUUGAGUUUUUCAGAGUAACUACCUCCCCUUCUUAUCCUGGUGUCUUUUCUUCAAAGCUGCUUGUUGUUGAGAACAAAGGAUGUCGCGUCUUGUGCUUUGACUAUUUUCAGUGGCACGUUUGUCCUCUUUACCCUGUGACAUUCCUGACUUUAAAGUAACUGUUAUAUUUAUAUUAUAUUGCUUUUUGUGGUUCAAAAACUACAUGACACAUUGAAAUAUAUGAUCAUGCCUCAUAUUGUGAAACUCACAUAAAACAAAUGAAGAUAAUUAUUUAAUGACUUACAAUCUAUUCAUAUGUGGUUACAGUAUGAUCGUGUCUAUGUCUGUAAGACAAAACUGAAGGAAAUACAUAAUCAUAGAAUUCUGUUGAAGCCGUGAAUGUACUAAUUUUUUUCUAAACUUUGUCUAGAAUUAGUGUAAUGUGCCAAUUGUACAGCUGAUCUGGGUGUCAAGUGUUCAAAGUACAAUCAAUGAUUGUUUGAAAGCCAACCACCCCCUCAGCUUUGCUUCAUGUAACCUCUGAUACUUCUUGAGUGUUAUUUGCAUUAUGAGGUUUGCUUUUGCGGUUGAUCAUUCAUUUUUAAAAAUGUGAGAGUCUCAUGUGGAAACCAAAGCAAUCUAGAACCAGCCUGUUGAGUGAGCUGUGUCCUCUGAAAAGCCAUAUUGAAGUAAAGACUAUGUAAUAGCAUAAGGUUUCAUAUUUUCAAAGCUACCACUACCUCUGCUUUUUCUCUUUUCUAGAAAAUGCCAAGCAAAACUUCAACAUUAAGUGGGAAGUUAGAUGUGAUUGUCACAAGAGUUGUUGGAUGGGUUUGUUUGUUUGUUUGUUUGUUUGUUUCACAUGAGAAUACAUCUUUUAGUUUACCACUUUGUAGGUUUAUGCUAGGUUGUCUCAAUAGCCAUUUUUACAUUUAAUAAAAACUGGAUGAUGAAUGAGGACUGGAAAGAAGACAUGGUAAGUCACCAAUGAAAACCCACAAAACCAGAGUGCAGAUUAUUUUCCUAACUCUAAAUUACUCAUUGCCCACAAUGAUGGUAUCUCUCGCAAUUUGAUUUCUCUCAUCUCACCUCGAAAUACAUCUUUUCCUGAUUUGAUUUUAGACAACAUAUAUAUUGAUAGGAGAAAAAUUAAUCAUAUAUCAGAAAUAAUUUUAUUUUGAUUUAUAAAAUUUAUUUCUACAUGUACUUAUUAUAAUGCCAUUCUUUUCUUUUUAGCCUUAAAGAAUUAGAGAGGACCAUAGUCGUCCAAUUUAUGUUGCAUUUUUAAUCCUGUAAUUCUUUGGUUACUGCGUGUUGUGCCUUCUGUUUGCCACGCGUUUGUUUGUCUCCUUCCUUUCUGAGGAGGUGGUGCAGACAGUGACACCUUUGUCAGUAGUGUGGGAGAUUAUGCUAACUGCUGUUAUCAUGAUAUCUUCAUGUUUGCUGCACGCCAAAAACAGCGCUUGACAAACAAAUCUUCGAUGUCCCUGUACAAUACGGUCAUUCUAUUUCUAUUCCUGUUAUGCAAAAUUCUCAGCUCAGUGCCUGGCUCAAUAAAUGUAUUUCCCUUG